AUGGCGGAGAAUAAGCCCAGGUCACCAGCACACUACGCAAUCUUGAUCGGGAUUAAUGCCUAUCAGGAUCAGCCUUUGAAGGGCUGCGUACAUGAUGUGCAAUGUAUCAAGACAUUACUCGAGCAACAGCCCUUCCCUGUGGACAUAAGAACCUUCACAGCCACCUCAAACUCCCAGAGCGAUAAAUCCAGUCCGGUCGAGGAUCGCAGCUACUGGCCGACGUACUGGAAUGUGACUGAGGCCCUCAGGCUUCUAACGGCGCAAGCACAGCCAGGCGAUUAUGUCUAUAUCCACUACUCGGGCCACGGUACCUACAUGGAUAUUGUCAGCAAGUUCACCAACCACCAUACAGGCGACUUAGCUUUAGCUCUCCUCAAUGGGGAGAACGGAGACUCGAUCAGGCCAUUCGGCGGUCAUAGAAUGGCGAUGGCGCUGAAUGCCAUGGUUAUAAAACGACUUGUUGUCACAUUGGUCCUCGACUGCUGCUUUUCUGCAAGUGUCUAUCGUGGUGAUCAGCCAGAUAUUCGGUUCAUCCCGGUCAGCCGAGAGGUUGCAUCGGCAUAUUUCAUCGAUAAUGAACUAGCUUCACAAGACGAGGGAGCUUCUGAUUCCGGUAGACGUGACGUAUCUAUGCGGCCUAGUUGGAUGAUGGAUCCAAAGGGCUAUGCCGUCCUUGUUGCUUCUGGCCCUCAGGAAAUGUCUACUGAGGUGAUCCAGAAUGGAAUACACUAUGGAGCAUUAUCUCGCUUCUUGUACCUAGGUCUAAGGGAUGGUGGGCUCAUGAGACGGCAGAAGGAUAUCUUCUAUCGCCUCUUUUCCAAGUUUCGCGGGGUUGCCAUCAAGCAAACCCCUGCGCUAUAUGGGAAUAAAGACCAAGUCUUCUUUGGACAGAGUACAUUACCUUCCAACCGACCGGUAAUACCAGUUGAAAGAAGCGGCGAAAAGCCCAUUCUACAAGCCGGCCAGGCCCACGGGGUUUCGGAAGGUGACUCUUUCAUUUUAUACCCUACAUCGGUCUUCGAAAAAGACGAGCCCCUGCACAGCAAUAUCAUCAGCGCUAUUGUUGAGAAAGUUUACCCUCUGACAUCUCUGUUGCGACUGGAAGAUACGUCGAAUUCUGUGGCUAAGAUAGACUGGGUUGCCGAGACUCAGACUAAGCAGGCCAUCCAUAAGUUUCCGGUGUUAUUGGCCGAGAAUCUGCUUCCCCGAGAUGAAUGGCUGAAAGAAUUUGACAAACAUUCUAUCUCUAUCCACUCUGCCAACGACAGCUGCCCUCCCUUCUUUCUCGUUGCACUUGUUGACAACGAAUACAAAAUACGGGACAAAAAUGACCAGGAUAUUAUGAAUCUUCCCAACUUGCAGCAAGAUCAUACGAGCCCAGAGGAUAUUGCUGCCAUACUAAACCACUUGGCAGCAUACAGACUUGUGAAGGAACUGAUAAAUCACUCCGUCGCAGACGACUUCAGAGCUUCGUUUGACAUCAGCGUUAUUACUCAAGCCAAAGAGCAUUUAGGUCCAGAUCGCACCAUUGAUGUUUCACAAGGCAACAGCAAUGAAUAUAUGUUCGAGUUAUGUCUGCAGAACAAGGGUAACAAGUAUCUUUACUUGUACAUAUUUGACCUUGGACCUCUUUGGCAAGUCGAAGGCAUUUACCAUGGGACCUAUGCUGUCGUUCCCCCGAAAAGUCUCAAACCCAGGCGUCCAGGCCGUUUCAGCAAGAAGCUGGGGACGUCAGUACCCAAGGAAUUGAGGGAGAGAGGUAUUCAGCAGUGCGAUGACACUUUGAAAGUCCUGGUCACAUCUCACCCUACAUCGUUCGAUCUACUAGAACUCCCCGAGAUGGGAGGCUUACCGCGGGAGCAGGCCUCGGGUCGGAGGCAAGGAUCAGGGGACAAUAGUCCCGAGCAAUGGGCAGCCUUUAACUUUUUAGUUAAGACUACACUGGCGGCAGGAUGA